AUGGCUGCGAAGGGCGGGGACUGAGAGCGCCGGUCACGGGACCGGGGCGGGGCCGGGCCGGGAGACUCAGUCCUCCACGGUCCCAGCCGGCCCCGCGCACGCUUUUCGUCUCCCCUCCCCCGCCCCGCGACACGCUGCGUGGCUGCUCGUUGGCUACUUAGGACGGAAGCUCUCUUGGUGCUUCUCCAGAAGUUUCCCCCUUGGGCGGCGGCGGCGUAGCUCGUAACCUCGGUGGUAGCAGUUCUAACAGAAACAGCGAUUCUUAGGGAUGGCAGCAGGACCUGCAACAGCCCAGCAGUUUUUCCGGAGCUUCUCAGAUGCUCUGAUCGAGGAGGACCCCCAGGCGGCGUUAGAGGAGCUGACUAAGACUUUGGAACAGAAACCAGAUGAUGCGCAAUAUUAUUGUCAAAGAGCUUAUUGUCACAUUCUUCUUGGGAAUUACUGUGAUGCUGUUGCUGAUGCAAAGAAAUCUCUUGAACUUAAUCCAAAUAAUUCCACUGCUGUGCUGAGAAAAGGGAUAUGUGAAUACCAUGAAAAAAACUAUGCUGCUGCUUUAGAAACUUUUAUAGGAGGACAGAAAUUAGAUAGUACAGAUCCUGAUUUCACUGUCUGGGUUAAAAGGUGUCAGGAGGCUCAGAAUGGAUCACAGUCUGAGGUGUCUGCAUCCCAGAGGACUCAUCAGUCAAAAAUCAAGUAUGACUGGUAUCAAACAGAAUCUCAAGUAAUCAUUACACUUAUGAUCAAGAAUGUUCAGAAGAAUAAUGUAAAUGUGGAAUUUUCAGAAAAAGAGUUGUCUGCUUUGGUGAUACUUCCUUCUGGAGAGGAUUACAAUUUGAAACUGAGACUUCUUCAUCCUAUAAUACCAGAACAGAGCACAUUUAAAGUACUUUCAACAAAGAUUGAAAUUAAAAUGAAAAAGACAGAGGCUGUGAGAUGGGAAAAGCUAGAGGGGCAAGGAGAUGUGCCUAAACCAAAACAGUUCAUAGCAGAUGUAAAGAACUUAUAUCCAUCAUCAUCUCAUUAUACGAGAAAUUGGGAUAAAUUGGUUGGUGAGAUCAAAGAAGAAGAAAAAAAUGAGAAGUUGGAGGGAGAUGCAGCUUUAAACAAACUAUUCCAGCAGAUCUAUUCAGAUGGUUCUGAUGAAGUGAAACGUGCUAUGAACAAAUCAUUUAUGGAGUCUGGUGGUACAGUUUUGAGUACCAACUGGUCUGAUGUAGGUAAAAGGAAAGUUGAAAUCAAUCCUCCUGAUGAUAUGGAAUGGAAAAAGUACUAAAUAAAUUAAUUUGCUAUCACUGUAUUGCAUAUAUUCA